CAUAUCCGAAUAUUUGAGAAUCAAAUCAAUAGUUUGUUUGAUUUGUUAAUAUGGGAAGAUCGCAGAAACCAAAAAGGAUUACUUGGGCUUCGGAUGGUAAUCUUUGUCAGGUGAGGCUGUUUUUGUCGGAAGACUAUCCGUCACAAGUUGGAAUUGGAAGUCAAGAACAUCUCCAGGCUAAGUCAUUAUGGCAAGCACAGAGCGGUAGUGGCUCAACGUCCAAUGACAAUUUGCCACCUGGCUUCGAGGGAAUCCAGCCUCCAAAUCCUUGGACAGCAAAGCUUUCUCAAAUACCGUUGAUCAAAUGGAAAUGCCCUCCCAGAUUGGUAGUAAAUGCUGGUUGGAGAGUGGUUGCUGGUGACGAGAGCAAUGAAAUGGAAACCCAGAACGAACGCGAAAUGAGAGUUCUAGAAGCAAUUUAUCCACGCUCCACUGCCAUUCCUCCAAACCCUUCUCCUUUAAUCGGCGAGGAAAACUCGACUAACGACGACCGCUACACUCCCGUGGUCCCAGUCACACCAAUCGAAGACGAAGAUGCUGCUGCAUUAGAUGCUUCAGUAAACAUCACAAAUUCGGUAGUCCCUCAGACUCAAAACUUGUCUCAGGUCAGCAGUGAUGUCAUGAUGACGUCAGCCCUAACAUCAGCCAUAUCGAACAGCAAUCAGGGAGGAGGAAACAUGAUCGACCGCGACCUCCUCCUUAAAAUCCUCUGCGACCCCAAAAUGGUCCAGCACCUCGUCACUAACCACACCGCAGUGCAGAACGCUCCACCGUCACCGAGCGUGCACAGCAACAUACCGUGCACCAGCAGCAGCAGCACACAGUACAAUAAUUCGUUCGCACCACCACCUCUGAGGCCCCCUGCAAAUGGACCGUUUUACCCUCCGAGCAGGGUUGGACCAAUCCCCCCCAAUCAACGGCCGCCGUCCGGCAUUUCUGAUUUGAUUUCCGCCGCUCCGUCGCCGCCUCCGGCGGCGAAGGAUAUCAGCUAUUAUAAGAGCCUUAUCCAGCAGCAUGGAGGAGAGAGAAGAGAAAAUAUGCAGCAAUUUGGUCAGCAAAUUCAGAACAAUCAAGAAGCAUCGAAUAUGAUGAAACAGAGAGAUUCAAAACCGAAGGUAAUGAAACCUUGCAUGUAUUUUAACAGCCCGAGGGGUUGUAGAAACGGAGCUAACUGUACGUAUUUGCAUGAGAUGACAUCAUCAUCGGCAUCGACGCAGCAAAGGGUCAGUAGCAUGCCAGAGGUUCAAAGUAGUAAGAGAGUGAAACUGGAUAGAGAAAUUACUGGAACAUAAAUAACAAAAGUUGCAAUAUUGUAUAUCUUUAUUUUUAUGUUUCUUUGACGCCGAGGAUGAAAUCAUAUUUGUUUAUUCAUAUUUAUGAGAUUUUUUCUCCUCAAUUUUUCAAGUUAAGAGGAUAAUAAGCUGCUGGCUUCUGUUUUUUUUUU